CACCCUCGUACACAAUAUACCCUGCAGGUCAAAUGCUGCAAUGCCUACAUGCAGAUGAAGUGACUUGUGCAAAUCAAAUCUCAACAACUAACUGCCGAUAGUCGGGGUGACUUUGUUUAUGGGUGCAAUGGCCGUCAACCGGAACUUGAUGAGCAAAUGCUAUCGCAAAUUUUACCCGUUGACUGGAAUAGAGUUCGCAAAAUAUGACACGACAAUCCGUCUGUACCUUGUAUGGCUAGAGGACGCCACUCCGGACCGUAUCCUUGUGAGCACCUAGCGUGCGUCUGACUCCCCCAAAAUUGACCUCGUGUUGAGCCACGCGUGUAUCUUGGCAGCAUCGAAACGUCUGUCACCCUGGGUUUAUCAUCGCCGCUUGUAUCUCUUGCGGUCUCGCAGCCGCUCAUGAGCCUAGAGGCACCCAUAUGUGUGUAUGGCACGUCGAGGGCCCGUUGAUUGGAAUAGAAUUCUCAAAAUAUGACACGACAAUCCGUCUGUACCUUGGAUGGCUAGAGGACGCCACUCCGGACCGUAUCCUUCCACGCGUGCAUCUCGGCAGCAUCGAAACGUCUGUCACCCUGGAUUUAUCAUCGCCGCUCGUAUCUCUUGCGGUCUCGCGGCUGUUCAUGAGCCUAGAGGCACCCAUAUGUAGCGUCCAUGACGGAGUUAAGAAUGUUGUGGGCACCAUUGUCGCCGAGACCCACACACACACAGCCCGUUCUUGGCGGAUCGAUUCGGACGUUCGGGAAGAAGACGCUGUUUUCCCUUCAAAGACGGAGAUCGUGCGGGAUAGGAUUAUAAAGUGGCAGGAGAGCCAGGAACAUUCAGAGGACAUGUCGUCAGGAGGCCGCGAGCGCGGUGCAGAACUAUCCCCUCAUUCGCCCAUCCAGUGA